ACCGUGUUUGCGGCACCGCACACGCCUCGGUUUCCGGUAGUGUCAUGGCGGCCUAUGCGGGUGCGUUUCAAAGCGCCGGUAGCAUUGAGGAACAUAAAGAAUUGAAGCGUAAAGCGCGAGAGGAAGUCCUCCAGAAGGCCAAGCGUCAGUAUGAGAAAGACGAGCGAAAAGAAAAGCAAAGGAAGGCCCGAGGUGAAGACACCUGGAUGCUCCCAGAUGUUGAGCAGCGGCUGCAGCAGAUAAAUGAGGACCAUUCUGUGAAAAGCAAGAAGAAAAAGGAGAAAUCCAAGAAGAAGGAGAAGAAGAAGAAGAAAGAGAAGAAAGAAAAGGCGAAAUCCCAGGACGAUCAGUCGUCUGAUAACUCUGAGGAAUCUGAUGAUUGGGUGGAGGCUCCGUCUAUAAAAGGAAGUGUUGAUAAAGCAUGGAAGGUCUCGGAUCAGACUCAGACACAGACCACCAGCAGUUCCAGCGAGAGGCAGAGAGACGAGUGGAUGACGUUUGACUUUUUGGCCAUGAAGACAACGUCGGUUGCCGAGCGUCGAGCAAAGAAGGAGGCGGAGAAAGAGGCGGAGCGCGAAAAAGCACAGAGCAUCGAACAGGCCGGCCUUCACAGAUUGGAGCUAAAUCCAUAUUGGAAAAAUGGAGGGAGUGGACUGCCCCCGGAGGAAGGUGCCAGUAGUGCAGCUACUAAAGCGGCCGUGGUGGAUGAUGGAGGACGGGGUUGGCUCAUGAAGUCCUAUCAGAGGAUGAAGGAGCAGGCCGAGAGAGAGAGGCGUAGCCUGGAUGAAGUGGUGGCUGAGAGAUAUGGGUCCAUGGAGCAGUUUCAGAAGAGACUUAAGGAAGCAGAGGAAGCCGUUUUCUCACAGAGGAAAGAUGACCGAGACAUUGGGAGGAAAGGAGAGGGAUAUGGACGGACACAAGGGUGGAGGAGAGACAGGGACAGAGAAAGGGACAGGGACAGAGAGAAGGACAGGGAUAGGGACAGGGACAGUGAGAAGGACAAGGACAGAGAGAGAAACAGAGAGAGGCAUUGGGAAAGGCAGAGGGACAUCGGUAGAGAACAGUGGGGUAAAGCGAGACCGGGACAAAACAGAGAGCGAGACAGAGACAGAGAGCAAGACAGGGACAAAGAGAAGGAUAUUGGAAGACGGAAGGACAUAGCGAGAGACCGAGGAACGGAGAGAGAAAGAGGACGUUUCCUCAAACCCUUAGACUCUGAAGACUUCUUGCCUCUGGGGGAGGGCUUUAGGAGGCCUGGAUUGACAACCUGCUCUUCCAAUCAGAGCUCAAGGAAGUUCCUGAAACCUGGAAAUGAUUAUGAUGAUGCUGUCCCUGCGUUGAAGAAGAGAGAGGAGAAGAAGGAUGGAGUGAAAGAGAAGGAGGAGUCAGUAACACUAAAGAAGGAGGAAGAGAGAAGGACUGCACCAGUGCAGAAGAGCAGUUCAGAGAGUGAGGAAGAGGAAGAAGAAGAGGAAGUGCCUCUCCUGACCGACGAGGAGAUGAAUAAACUCGGGGCCAAACUUCUCAAAGCCGAGCUCAUGGGGAAUACGGCUCUAAUGGACUCGCUGAAGGCUCAGCUAGAAGCUGCGCGGAAGGCGAGAGAGAAUCAGGUUUACAAACCCAAAAAGCAGGAGGCGGAACAGGAAGUGGUCUUGUUCAGAACAGACCAAUCGGGACACUCGUGGCCGGUCAGCGGCUCCUCCCAGCACGUGGAGCCGAAAGGUGGGCGGAGGAAGAAGAAAGCGAUCGAGACCCAUGUCGCCGGCGAGCGUGUGCGUUACUUUGCAGAUGAUGAUCGCUUGGAUCUAAAGGAGAUGGUGCGCCGGGAGAAGAUGACCUCAGCUCAGGAUCAAAAUGCCCUCUACUCCCGAAUGGCUGCUAAGAUGAUGGGCAAGCAGGAUGGUGAUAACUACACACUGGAUGACAUGUUUGUAUCGAGCGCGGCUCAGAGAGAAAGGGAGGGGCUUGAUGAAGAGAGAGCGAAGAACCGAGCGAUGGGAGAGGGGCGCCGCCUUGAAGCUCGAAUGGAUAAAUGUCUUUGCUUCAGCAACGCCGAGCUGCCCAAACACCUGGUUGUGGCUAUCGGGGCAAAGGUGUAUCUUUGCCUUCCUAACAGUGUUUCAUUGACUGAGGGACACUGUCUCAUUGCUCCACUGCAGCACCACUGCUGCUCAACUGGCUUAGACGAGGAUGUGUGGAAUGAAGUUCAGCUUUUCCGCAAGUCUUUGGUUCAGAUGUUUGAGUCUCAAGGUCUCGACUGCGUUUUUCUUGAAACUCACAUGAACCCUAAGAAGCGCAUACAUAUGCUGUACGAGUGUGUUCCACUUCCACGCGAGCUUGGGGAUAUGGCACCCAUCUACUUCAAGAAAGCCAUCAUGGAGUGUGACGAGGAGUGGGCGAUGAAUAAGAAGCUGGUGGACCUGUCCUCCAAGAACAUUAGACAGGCUGUUCCUCGUGGUUUGCCGUACUUCUCUGUCGAUUUCGGUUUGCAGGGAGGAUUCGCCCACGUCAUUGAAAAUCAGGACAAGUUUCCAUACUACUUUGGGAAAGAAGUCCUCGGUGGUAUGUUGGACCUGGAGCCGAGACGAUGGAGGAAACCGAUCCGAGAGAACUUCGAUGACCAGCGGAAAAAGGUCCUGCAGUUCUCGCAGUGGUGGAAAACCUUUGACUGCACCAAGAGCCAAUAAGAGAACUGCAUUCAUUUUGGGGGAGGGGUCAGGUGCAGAAUCACGGGGAGUCCACGGGGAGUCCACGGGGAGUCCACGGGGAGUCCACGGGGAGUCCACGGGGAGUCCACGGGGAGUCCACGGGGAGUCCACGGGGAGUCUGAACUGUCAAAUGAUAUAUCGUUGAGCUGGAACAUUAAAGUUUUGUUGUUUUUUUAUGAAA